CGCCGAACCUCCCUCCUCCUCCUCCUCCUCCUCCUCCUUCUCCUCCUCCUCGCCCCCGGCUCCGGCUGCACCUCCCCCGGGCGGCAGGAGGCGCAGGGCGUCGAGCCGGCGCGCCUCGGCGAGGCGCAGCUCGCGGCCCGCCUCUGCGAGGCCUCCGCCGCGCUGCGCCGCGCCGCCGCGGAGAACCUGGGGCUGCGGCGCGGCUGCGAGGCCGCGGAGGCCGAGCGCGACGGGCUCCUGCUGCAGCUGCGCGCCCUGCAGGCCGCACCGCCGCCGCCCGCGGAGCUCGACGCGCCAAGCUUCGAGGGCGAGCUGGCGGGUGUGCUCGGCGCCGGCUGCGAGACGCGGCACGGGCUGCUGGACUGUGCCGCGCUUGCGGGGGUGCAGUCCGCGCUUCUGUUCGACGUCCUGCGCGCGCGCGAGGAGCUGCAAGCCCUUCGCCGCCAGCGCGACGACGAGCUCCGACCCGCGGGCGUCGGGCGCGGCGGCGGGCGCGGCAACACCACCGCAGCACCGCCGCGGCACCUCGUCCCCCACGUCGUCGUGUCCCGUGUCCCUGCUGAGAAGCAGGAUGAUCACCGUUGACGAG